UGUCCUACAUCCACCGAUCAUGGCGCGGUGCCUAGCCGUGUUAGUGACCGUGUGCCUGCUGUCCGUGUGUGCGGGGGACAUGUGGCACUGCCCCGAAGGCGCGAGUCCGGGGGACCCGGAGUGCACAUAUCUUGAGUCCUUCUGUGCAUACCCAGAGUUAAAAUGUGAGGAAGGUGUGGACAGCUUGUGUAUAGCCCCGGAAAAGUGGUGUGACGGUGUACAGGAUUGUGUUCACCACUCGGAUGAGAAGGACUGCGGAGCCGGGUACGAGGGGUGCGUGGACUGCUGGGGCGGGGGCCAGUGCGUCCCGUCCGGCCAGUGGUGCGACGGCACGCCGGACUGUGUGGAUGGGUCGGACGAGAAGUUAUGCAAACGUUGCACCGACGAGUUUGAAUGCAAGGUAUCGGGUAUAUGCGUCCCCAUGUCCCGGGUGUGUGAUGGAGUGAAUGAUUGCGGGGACAACUCUGAUGAGGCGUGCGGGGUUCAGGGGGAGUCGCCCCCGUGGUGCGAGGCAGGGCGGUUCCCCUGUGCGAGCGGGGAGUGCGUACCGGGGUCGGUCCGUUGUGACGGUGUCGCCGACUGUACAGACGGUACAGACGAGAUGCGCUGUGAGUGUACCAGUGCUGAGCUCCGCUGUGACACCAGUCUCAGGUGUGUCCCUCCGGCAGCCAUUUGCGACGGCUUUGACGACUGCAGUGACGGGUCAGACGAACUCAUAUGCUUGUCUUGUAGUGCUCGACAGCUGUGGGAAUGUGCCGAUGGUGACUGUAUCGACCCGGCCUCAGUAUGUGACGGAGAUAUGGACUGUUCCUACGGGGAGGACGAGACGGACUGCCAGCCACCCUGUAACCGUAUCCAGUUCGAGUGUGAUGGCGCCUGCAUAUCUUCUCACCUUCUCUGUGACGAGACUGAUAACUGUCCGGACGGGGAAGACGAGAGGAACUGUACCAUUGGAGUGGAAGAGUAG